GAACGCGACGGCAUUUUCCCCCAGGCCGGCAGCUCGUGGAAGGCGUUCAAGGAGAUUCAGCUGCUGCUGAUGAAGAACGCCGGGGCCACCGUGGGCGACGUUAUGACGGCACACCCGCUGUGUGCACGAGCCAUGACCAACAUCGAGGAUGCCGCCAGGGUGCUCAUUGAGUCCAAGUUCCACCGCCUGCCAGUUGUAGAUGAGAACGGCACUCUGAUUGGGCUGCUGACGCGUGGCAAUGUGGUGCGGGCGGCACUGAUGAUGAAACGCAUGGCAGAGGGCAAGGGCAUGGCGCCAACGGGCGGCAACUAGACACGUACAUGCAUGCAUGCACCCCCAUAGAAAACACAAUUAUACGAGCCGUAGCUGCGACCGCCUGUGCAUGGUUGUGGGUUCCAUGUGUGCGUGGGAGUGGAUUCGGCAUGGAUCAAACCCACAAACAGUCCAGUUACCAAGCGGGCCGUUUUUCUAGGUCUCUCUGCUCUGCCCCGUGCCGUCUCUUUUUGUUUCUAUAUUUUCAGUUUUCUGCACAGCAGUGCUGCUGGGGCUGGCUGCUGUUCCCCAUACUAGCACAUUCAUUGUCGUGUGCAGUGACGUGCUGCAUGCGGUGCUGGGGUUAGCUGUAUGACUCCGGUCCGGAGCCUGCCAUCUUUACCGAAAGUAUUCAGCAGUGCUGUUUGGGUGCACUGUCUUAGUGUGCUCUUGUAUAGUGGGGAUAGAUAGCAGCAGCAAAGACUCUUCAUUGAUAAUUUAAAUGUCCUCCCUGCCUCCUUAUCAAUAGUGGUCCAAGUU